CUUUCUUUCUCUGAGCUUCCCCUCUCCUUCCUCCUCCUUCUUCGAGGGUUUUGUCUGCUGUAACUGCUUCGCCUAUCUCUUCGAAGCUCGGACGCGCUUCGAAUGGCGCAGAGUCUUCCCCGUCUCCUAGUGUCCCGUCUGUCUGCCGCUUUCCGCGCCGCCAACACUAUCACGCCGAGACCCGUAAUCAACUGCACGAGGGGGUUCUCGGCCGACUCUGGUGGCGGUGGUGGUGCCGAUGGAGGUGGUGAAGGCUGGGACGCAUCCUUCGGGUCAGGCUUCGACCGUCCAGGAUGGGACACGGUGUCGUCCUGGUCGAGCGGAGUGACGAAGGACCAUUUCGACGGGGAGGUGGUGGAUCAGAGAGCGAGUUCUCCUGCUUCCAGUACUGGCGGCGGGAACCCGUACGAGAAUAGGAUGAUUUCUGAUAUCGAACUCCAUGAGUUUUAUAAGGACAUGGAGAAGGAGGGGGAGGAGGAGAUUCGGAAGAGCAAGGCCUAUGUGGACAGCUGGGACGACCGCUUCAAUGAAGUGAAUGUGCUUCUGAAGCAGGUUCGGGAGCCUGGGGCAAGAGGGUCAUACCUGAAGGACUCUGAGAAGGCUGAGAUGUACCAGAAACACAAGCAGAACCCAGAGGUCUAUACAGUUGAGAGGCUCGCGAAGGAGUAUAGGAUAAUGAGACAGAGAGUUCAUGCCAUACUUUGGUUGAAGGAACUUGAGGAGGAGGAGGAGAAGAAGCUUGGCCGUCCCUUGGAUGACUCAGUGGAGCUGUUGCUUGAUACUUGCCCUGAGUUUUUCAAUUCCCACUGCAGGGAAUUCCAUGUGGCUUCUCUUCCAUACAAGCCCGACUUCAAGGUCAUGCCAGAAGGAUGGGAUGGAACUGUGAAAGAUGCAGAUGAAGUCCACUAUGAGAUCUCAAAGAAAGAGGACGAAAUGCUGUAUCAGGAAUUUGUCCAACGGAUGAACUUCAACAAAAUGAAGAUGGCGGGGCAAGUAAAAUGCCACAAGUACAGCAGAAGGCGGCCGUCAGAAGGCUGGAACAUAACAGUGGAAAAGCUCGGACCGAGGGGCAAAAGAGGAGGUGGUGGAGGGUGGAAGUUUGUGAGCUUACCGGAUGGAUCGAGCCGCCCACUAAAUGAGACGGAGAAGAUGUAUGUGAGGAGAGAGACACCUCGCCGCCGAAGAAAGAUCCUUCCUUGAACCAAUGUCCUCCGAACUUUUGUGGCAGGCCUACGAGAGAAGGAUUAUUCCUUGUGUUUGUAUUAGUUCUGAUGUAGUUGCUGACAGAAAUUAGAAGUUGAGGCCUUUUUGGUUUUGUUAAAAGGUUUAUUGAUCUCUUUAAUUUACCUGAAUUAUUAUUAUUAAUAAGGGGGCAUGAGGUUGCAUUGCUUUUUCUUAA